CGGCAGGGGGCGGGCCGGGGGGCGGGGCUUAAUUCCCGCCCCGGCAGCGCCCCCUGUCGGGCCGGCGGCGGGCGGUGCUGAUGGCGGCGCCGCGGCGGUGACUCGCCGAUAAUUUGCGGGUGAUACAUGUGCAAGUGCCUCAUGUUUCUCCUACAAGAUGUGUUCCACAAAUCCGGCAAACUGGGUCACCUUUGAUGAUGAGCCACUCUUCCAGUCGCCUCAGAAAUUGGCUGAUAAUCAGAGUAGCUGUAAAGCCAAUGGCCUUAAACUCAAUCUCUCUAGCAUGCAUGAGUCUUCAAGUAGAUCAUCUUCUACAGGCAGCACUCCGCUCUCAUCUCCUGUAGUUGACUUCUACCUAAGCCCUGGACCCCCAAGCAACUCUCCACUUACUACACCUACCAGAGAAUACCCACCAAGUCCAUGCAUCCCAAAACCUGGGAUUCACAUCCUUUAUCCCAUCCCUGAAUGGCCACCAAACGUUAACCUUCCAUCACCCAUGACUUGCUCAUCCCUAACCUCACAGAAACCCAGCGGCCUUCCUUUGAACACCUCACCUAAUGACCAUCCAGGUAAGACUCUGGUUUCCAAAUCAACAGAUGAAGGAAGCCCUAACCCACCAGGAAGCUGUGAGGAAUUAGAAGAGUUGUCCUCAGCACACGGGGGCUUCCCAUACUUCCAGAGUGACUGUGCUUUUUCCAGUCCUUUUUGGAAGGAAGGAGGCUCACUCAGCACAUCACCAGCUAAUGUUAGCAUGCACAGGAAGGACAGAUCACUCGACAAGAGCAUCUGCUACCCUAAAGACAAAGAAACUUGCCACGAUCAGAAAAGCCUUAACCAGGGCUCCUUCAGCUACAUCUGCGAGAGGCUUGAACACCUGCAAGCCGACAGCUGUGAUGCCCUGGGAAGCCCACCUGAACCCAGCGCCCAUGCGUGGCACAAGCUCUCCCCGGCUGUCCCACACAGCCUCUUCAGGAGCCAGAGGGCAGAUGGGUGGCCGUUCAUGCUGAGGAUUCCCGAAAAGAAGAACAUGAUGUCAUCUCGGCAAUGGGGCCCUAUUUACCUUAGUGUCCUAGCUGGAGGCGUGUUGCAGAUGUAUUAUGAAAAGGGCCUGGAGAAACCUUUCAAGGAAUUCCAGCUGCAGCCACACUGCAAGCUGUCCGAACCCAAAUUAGAGAGCUAUAAUGUCUCAGGAAAAAUCCAUACAGUGAAGAUUGAGUGCGUGUCUUACACAGAGAAAAGGAGGUAUCAUCCCAAAGUAGAAGUGACCCAUGAACCAGAGGUUGAGCAGAUGUUAAAGCUGGGUACCACAGAUUAUAAUGACUUCAUUGAUUUCCUCGUAACGGUUGAGGAAGAGCUGAUGAAACUUCCUUCAAUUUCUAGACAAAAGAGGAAUUAUGAGGAGCAGGAAAUGACUCUGGAGAUAGUGGAUAACUUUUGGGGGAAAGUUACUAAGGUGGACGGAAAACUCGUAGAAAGUGCCGUCAUCACACACAUUUACUGCUUGUGUUUCGUGAAUGGAAAUGCCGACUGCUUUCUAACCCUGAAUGACCUGGAGCUCCAGAAAAGGGACGAGCGUUACUUUGAGAAGGAGGAGGAGAAGAAAUGGAUCGAUAUUCUCGAUUGCCAUUUCCAUAACUGUGUCAAAGUGCAGGAAUUCGACCAAUCGCGAAUUAUUAAGUUUACGCCCCCGGAUGCCUGUAGGCUGGAACUGAUGCGUUUCAGGACACGGUAUAAUGGGCAAGACCUUCCCUUUUCUGUGAAGGCUUUGGUAGUUGUUCAGGGGGCAUGCGUUGAACUUCAGGCUUUUAUAAACAUGUCUUCAACUGCUCUGAUUCCAACACGUUCGCCCGCUGUGAAAUACUGUGAAAAUGUUAUGAUACGCUUUCCCGUUCCCACACAGUGGGUCAAAGCACUUUGGACCAUGAACCUCCAACGGCAGAAGUCCUUAAAAGCAAAAAUGAAUAGGAGAGCAUGCCUUGGCUCCUUACAUGAGAUUGAAUCUGAUCCUGUAAUACAAGUCUCGGUUGGAACAGCAAAAUACGAGAGUGCCUACAGGGCUGUUGUAUGGAAGAUAGACAGGCUUCCAGAUAAAAACUCAAGUUCAGAUCAUCCACACAGCCUGUCUUACAAACUAGAACUCGGAUCAGACCAGGAAAUCCCAUCUGACUGGUAUCCAUUUGCUACUGUCCAGUUUGUCGUUCAUGAUACCUGUGCCUCAGGAACAGAAGUCAAGUCACUGGGGAUAGAGAGCGACGUGCAGCCCCAGAAACACGUGGUUCAGAAAGCUUUUUACAAUUGCCAGGUGGAAAUUGAAAAGAAGUGGAUUAGGCUUGAUGGAGAAGAUCCAGAUAAGGCUGGCAACUGCCUAAUGCAGUAACGGAGGACAGGAGGCAUGGUCACAGAAUAUUAGUAGGAAUCAAUUUACAUAGGAAAUUCUAUUGUUAGAAGAAGUACAGUGACCUAGUUUAGGAUAAACAUGGUCAUAGAAUUUUUCUGGGUUUUUUUGGUGCUUUUGGGUUUGAUUCUGCAAACCGGUACUGGUUUGACUGGCCUGCAUUCAAGUAAACUUCCUGUCAUAGGAAUAGUGGUAUGAGUAAGGUCUCCUUGUAAAGAGUUGCAAGAUGUGAGCGCUUAAUUGACUGAUUGUAAUAUAUUAUUUUCCUCUUGCAUAUCUAUGACUUAGGAAUGAUCUCAUACUCCAUAUUGAAACCUAAUGGUACUACUCAAAGACUUCAUGUCACUUGGACAUAUAAUAUUCAGCAAUAAAAACUGCCAGAAUGCUUAUGUGCAGACCAGCAUCUGUCCAGCAGGAACAAUUAGAUUUUUUAGUGGUGGUUGAAAAGUGAAGUCCCCCGUGUUUCUGCUCCCCUCGAUAUUUAUGAAUGGAACAAGUUGUAAUAUUAUUGUUACAAGAGCCUCAGUUAAUGAUUUGGAAACUGAGUGAUUUCAUUGGUAAAAUGGGAAAAGUCUCUCCACAAUAAUAUUCUUCAUUGUUCUGUGGCUGCAAGCGUUUCCUUCCCAGCACUUUAUAGGUUCACUCGAAGUAAUCUCUUGGGAAAAAAAACAUAUGGCAGAUAUGAUUGAAGUUUCUGUGCCAGCAUUAGACAAAUCUUUUCUCACUACUGCAGCAAGUGAGACAAAGUGACGAAUCCCCAGCAAGUGUAAAUCAGUCCAGGCCCAUUUCAUUUGAUGAAGCUUUGAGAGUUUGCACCAGCGGCGGGUUUUCCCCACAAAUGGAAGAAAUGGCUGGUUGCUGCCAUUUGCUGUGGGUCUUCCUUCAGGAUGCAAGUUCCAGAUGUUGAUUUGGAAGCUGCAGGAGCUGUUGCUUUGAGUUGCUUUUAAGACAGAGGUCAUGUCUUUCCAUGCAGCUGGCUCUGAAGGCAGAGUUUUCCAUGGGGAAGCAAAGCAGGGAUAGACUAUCGCAAGGGAAGGGAAGCUGUGAUGCUUCAACAGGCAGCUUGAGCUGUUCCCCCCAUAUCAAUCUGUUAACUGUGUUUUCCACAAAUUAUUGGCAUUUAGGGAAAAGUUUUUUCCUCUCAGCCACUAUCCCCUUUGUCAUUUUCUGCAGGCUGUAAUCCAGGUCUGAAAAAAUCGGGUAAAUUAAAAAAAUGCUCCUGAUACUUUUUCUUUUCCCUGCUGCAGUUUUCAUAAAAUUAUCCUUACUUCAAACUGAAAUUAGUGGAGAACAAAAAUAUAGUAAUGCACUAAAGCUCACUUUAUAUUUUGUCACAGCUUGUAACUGUUUAUGUGAACACUGUGUAAAAAUACAGAUAAAUGUUAUUCCCCAAAAGUAGAAAUAUGUGGGAUAUGCGCUGAGAAAAUUACCAGUCUGAGGAAACAGAAGGCCAUAAUAUGAACCUAGUUCAUCACAAUAAACUUUUCCCCCCAUUUGGAAGCUGAGAAUGAAAUGGGUAAUAGAUCCUAUAGUAAGUCCUGAGGGCAGGUUUUUUAUGGGUAUUGCAUUGCCAAAGCCCCAAAUAGACUAUUGUGGUAUUUUGGGUUCUCUGUAUAUCCCUUUUUAUUAGCACAUUAUAUUAUUAUAAAUCUAAGCAAGUGUUUGAGUGUAGUAGUGAUCCAAAUAUGUCUCAGCUGUUGUAUCCUCCAUCCAUGUUUUGACUUGAGAAGCCAUUAGCACCUUCAAGUCAUGUUUGGUUUGUUUUAUUCGUAUUUAAUUUUGUUUAUGUACUUCUCAGCUGAACUAAGAGGCACAGUGUGUGCUAUGGCAAAGUGUUUAUACUUACCAUCACAGCAGAGCUCUGCAGCUCGCUGAAGUCCAUGGUUAUACGAGAGCUACACUAUCUAUUAACCUCUUUGCUUGGUAAGGAAGAGGAAGCAAAAUAGGUGUUGCAGAUACCUGCGCUAACCUUUGUCUGAGGCUGACUUGUUUUGACUGACAUUGACACAGCUAAUUCAGUAACUCUGUUAGCAGUGGUAAUUGUCCAAAGCCUGCCUUGCCCAGCUGGCCCCUGUUUUUCUGUUGUGAAGAAGGAGGGGCAGCCAGGCUGUUCUGUGACCCUUUCACCUGAGGGUCCCUGUUGGUAGCACCCAUGUCCUGGGCAUCGGGUGGUGUUACAGGCCUGCAGAACCAACGCCUGCUUUUCUUCUGUCAGGUGUCUGCUGUGCCUUGGGAUGUGUUCAAGAGCCCAUGUAGCGCUGACCCCUCAAGAUAUGAGCUGUUGUUCUGAAUGGCUUAAGUGAUGAAAAGCCCCAUUACAUGCUUCCUGCUAGUGAGUCUGUAUUAUAUCUGGUGUCGUGCAAAUGAUCAUUCAGCCUUACUGAACUUGUUAACUUAAAAAGGUCAAGCUGCAGCUUUAUCUGUGUUGCACACUCUUGGAUUUCUAUCAAAGGCCUGCAAGACUCACCGUUAACUUUAAUCGGAAUUGGAUCAGGAUCACAGGGAAUUGAUUCCACAGAAAUAUUGCCACACUGAAAGAAAGUGACUCUGUUUCAUGCAUGACUUUCAGUUUAAACCUGACAAUUAGUGCAGCCUAAGGCUGAAUAAUUACCCUGUUCAGUCUCAAACUGAUGUUUAUAUGCCUUGCUGUCAGAGUAUUUUUUAAAUAGGCUGCAGUUUAAUUAAAGUAAGUUUGGGUUGUCUGACUUUUUUUUUCCCUCAUCAACUUCUAACUUCCUAUUCUAUUGCAACAUGCCAACAUAGAAACACCGUGGCUUGCUCUUUCUUCUGCAUUGUCAGAUGUCCUUGAGUGUGACCUACUGAACAAAAAUUCUGAAUGUUUAAGACUCAUUUGCUAACAUUUUCUACAAAUGCUAUAGCAGGUGACAGUGAGUAAACAUGCUGGCUUUGGCUCUUUAGAUAUCUGGGCUAUAGGGAGUCUAACUGAAUUUUGGGAGUGGAAUGGAGAAGAGGAACAUUUGCUAUGAGCUGUUGUGAUGCUCAGUGUCCGGCCAUCAGAAAGACUGGAGCUUUUCACACCUGCCAUCACUGAAAUGCUGCCAACAUUUUGGGUUGCUUACGAUACUGACACUUGGCUGACAUUUUCUACAGGGCAGUAUUUCAAUAUUACCUGUGUUUCCUUCACAGCGGACCAGCAGGAUUUGGGAUAUUUUAUAUUUUAAACAGAAAUUAAUGAGAACAGCUAUUUUUGUAGUGUGUUUGCCUUAUUUACAAAGUGUUUUACUUGCUGAAACCAACAAACUUUAUCUUUGCCUUCAUCUUUGUCAUACUAAUUGUAUUACUGUAGGUAAAUGGUACUUGAUGUAAUUUUAGAUUCAAACACCCAUUGAAGUCAAUGGAAGUCUUUUAACUGACAAAAUGGGAUCUGCAUCAAAGUCUCUAAGAAAAAAGGAGAGGCAAAAAAAAAAGAAGAAGAAAGGAAUAGUGAUAAUGGGCAGAAUAAAAAAAUAAAAACCCCAACACCAGUGCUAGUAAGUAAGCAAGCUGCUAUGCUUGCUUAUUCCAACCAGAAAAGAGCACAAAAGAGAGGAAAAGAGUUGCUACUGGGUGCCAAAACGGAAACUUUGCAGUGAUUGGGAAUGAUGGUCCCGCUGCUCCAGUGUAGCAGCUCCCAAGAAGUGAGAUGAUGCUUCAUUCCAUUGAACAUCGUGCCAAGCUGCUGUCAUCCUUAUGCUCCUCGCCUUAUUUUUUUUUCUAAAUUCCAUAUUAAUUGUCCAAAAGUACUUUACAUCUGAAAAUGUGUUUUCAUGUGUUGCUUUCAGUUGCAUAUGUUUUAUUUGAUGGACGACUUCACUGCAGUGUUGGUGUCCACACCUCUAUUUUACUUUAUUUGUCUUUUUUUUUGACUCAAGGCAGUAACUAACUGCUGCAGUUAGUAGUUCUUAGCCAUAAUUUUGAUAACUCUAAAGCAGUGCUGUUAUUCUUAAUGGAAAAUAUAAUUUUAUUUGGGUCUUUUGUCAGUGUAAGCAUAAACAGAUCAUGCUGAUAAUCUUGUAAUAACAUUUUGUAGAUUGCAUAUUGAUUAAAAAAAAUAAAGUUGUAUUUCAAACUA